UUUAUUUUUACUAGUAAUGGCGGCGACCAGCGACUUAUAGCGGGACUGCGGCGGACAUUCUGACAUUGGGGGGAACUGACUUGGUGUCACUGACAUCCCCAGUGACACCACUACACUGAUCAGUGCUAAAGAAAAGCACUGACACUGUGCUAAUGGCACUGGGCAGGAAGGGGUUAACGUGGGGCAAUCAAAGGGUUAACAGUGUGCUGUGUGCCAUUGUACAUUAUGGUAUGUGUUUGUGCUUCACUGUAAGCACACUGCUUUGCAUGGUUGUGCUGUGUACAGCCAUGCAAAGCAGUGUGCAGGAGCUGACAGGGAGGAGAACGGUUUUGUUUACUAACAGUUCUCACUCC